AUGCCUUCUACUCGGACAAGCCCCUUUACAGACCACUUCGGCUUCCUUGUGCAUGAGACUAUCAAGAAAUGGAAAGUCCCCGGCCUAGCGUUCAGCGUCAUACACGAAGAUCAAGAAUUUUCAAAAGCAUACGGUCUGGCGAAUAUCGAAAAGAAUGAAUCAAUCGAUGUAGAUAAGACGGUCUUUAAUGUCGGCAGCACGACCAAAGCUCAGCUCUGCGCUGCUUGGGCGAUUUACAUCAAUUCUGAAAGCAACACCAUGAAACUUAAGAAGGACCAGGUCGGCUGGAAGACACCGCUAGCCCAGAUCAUCCCGGCAGACUUCAUCCUUCCAGACCCGAUCCACGCCCAACAAGUCACCUUGGAAGACGUUCUGUGCCAUAAAAGCGGCAUGGUGAGUCAUGAUUUAGCUUAUGGCUGGGGACAGACACGUACACCCCGGGAUGUGACGAGAAAUCUUAGGAAUCUGGCAUUGAAGAGUCUUGUCAGAAGCGAGUGGUCGUAUUGCAAUAUCGGAUAUGGUGUCGCGACGCAUGCGUUAGAGGUACUAACUGGAAAGGCCUUGACAGAGUACUUGAGAGAGGAGCUGUGGGUGCCAUUGGGAAUGAAGAGCACAUUCGGUGGGAUACAGGACUUGGACGACAAGAACGAGGCUGAGAGGUUGGCGAAGGGGUAUACGUGGUCGAGACUGCCGGUUGAUGAGGACUGGGAGCAAGGCGGUUUCGAAUUGUCUCAACCUCAAGACAUCUCGCCCGUCUCAGGCGCUGGGUACAUCAACUCAACGACCUCUUCAUACCUCGUAGUCCAGUCCCAAUGGUCACCACCCUUCACAACACCCUUCGAGGGCGGCCACGUCCAAUACGCCCUCGGUUGGUUCGUUGGUGUAUUACACGGCUUUAAGGUCCUCUACCACACCGGAGGAAGUAUCGGAUACGGAGCCAUGGUGAUGCUUGUCCCGGAGUGUCGCUGGGCUGCUGUUAUGCUAGGUAACGAAUUCAAUACUGGGCUUCGUGUAGCCAGUCUUGUUUUCGAGCUUUUUGAGGUGUCCCUGGGAAUCCCGGAACAUGAGCACAAGGCGUUUAUGAAAACGGACGAGGCUGUUGCGGCGAGGGAGAGACUUGGCUUUUCAUCGCGAGAGACAAGGCUUGAGGCUCUCUUCCCGGAUGCCCCUUCUCGCACAUCGAUCCCACCAGCUUUGCCUCUCGCCUCAUAUGCUGGUGCGUACUUUAACCCCGGAUAUGGUCCUCUCACACUCACUGUGUCCGAGGGUGAAGACAUCAUCCGCUGUGAAAUCACAGACAGGACCUGGCCCGUAAGCAUCAAAAUCCAACACGUCAACGCUGAGCACUGGUUCUUCGAGCAGACCAAUGGCAACCGUGAGAUAUGGAAGGCGGAGUCCAAGAUCGGCGUUAAUGGAGAGGUGGAACGGUUUGGAGUCGCCAUAGAUGGGACGUCGGCUGAUCACCUGGUAUGGUUCGACAGGCUGAGAUAA